AUGCUUGUUCUUGCAGCAGUCUAUAACUGCAGUAUCGGCUGGCUCAAGGAGCUCGUGCCUAAGGAAAAGCUGCAAAAGCUGCUCAGUCGCACGAUUGCCUUUAUUCGCCGACUGCAGUGUGCUUCCAGUGUCGCAGUCAGUGAUAUUCUGAUUCUUGAAGCAAUUGAUCGACUUCUUUUUCCCGAGAGGGAUGGGAAUGAUGUCUACAAGAAUGAGGGCCUGACUGGCGAUUCUAUCGAAUCUGGCGGCUCGUUCAACUCUAUCCACGCUAUGGCCUAA